AUGUCACAAAAUCCCCGGCAUUCCGGCAUUCUAUACACACCAGCGGAUGGUCAUCCAGCAUCGACAGCACCAACUGCAGCACCUCCAGUACCCCGCUGGACUCAUCCACGGAGGUCACGUCCUGCCUCAGUCGCAUCACACCCUAAACUGAAGAGAACUGUAAUCGAAAACGCGAAGCGGCGGGUGGUAAAACUACAGAGAUGGGCAAAAAAGAGAGUGAGGAAGUUGACAUUACAGCAGAAGAUACUAGGGUCAUUGCUGGUUCUGUUUGUGAGCGUGAGUGCGAUUUUGAUGCUGGUAUUUCAUUCGCAGAUUUUACAUGCUAUGCUACCCAUUGCUAGGAAGCUUAGACAAAUGCGAGCCGGGUGGCUAUUGAUUUUUACAAUGUGCUACAUCUCAGCGUUCCCACCCAUGAUCGGUUACUCGACCUCGGUCACUCUCGCCGGCUUCAUCUAUGGCUUCCCUAAUGGCUGGUUCAUAGUCGCCGCAGCCACAAUUCUUGGGGCAACCUCUGCAUUUAUAGCCUGUCGCCAGUUCUUCCAGAACUUUUCGAAAAGAAUGGUCGCUACUGAUAAACGUUUUGCGGCACUGAGUCUCACGCUAAAGCAUGAUGGAAUUAAAUUAUUGUGUAUGAUCAGACUGUGUCCACUGCCUUACAGUAUUGGGAACGGUGCGAUGAGCACUUUCCCUACAGUCACGCCAUGGGCGUUUAUGCUGGCCACUGCAUGCGCGACGCCGAAGCUUAUGAUUCACGUCUUCAUUGGCGAGAGGCUAGCAAGGCUAGCAGAGGCAGACCAGAAGAUGGACACCAAGACAAAAGUACUCAAUUACUCCAGCAUCAUUGGAGGUAUACUCCUCGGAGUCCUCACGGGGUGGUUAAUCUAUAAACGCACGAUAAAGCGUGCCAAUCAGCUCGAAGCUGAGGAGCGCGCUCGCAUCCGUGGCACAAUGGUCUCCCCAUCCGGCCGCACGCCAUCAUCAGCUCAAUUCACCGAUGAUGAAUCUCUGGAUCCCCAUGCUGCUACAGCAGCAGGCUUAGUAGCUGGCCUUGUCGAGGGCGACGAGCUGGAGCAGGCUGGUAUCUUUAGUGACAUUUCUUCGAGUGAGGAGGAUGGAGAAAGUGAUGAUCUUCUGGGCAGUAGCGAGGAGGAAACAGGUGAUACGGGAUACGGUAUGGAAGACAGUGUGGAACUUGAGAGGAGCGGGAGAGAGGGGCGGGGCGCUAUUGCGCUACCAUAA